AAAACCUUUGAACCUUGCUUACCAUGUAAGUCCAAAAUCCAAACAAACAUAAAGCCACACCAAACACAAAAUCAAGAAAAGAGAGGAGCCCGAAAAACAUCCUUUCAUCUCCAUUCACUUUCUCCACCUCUAAAAUUAUGGCUUCCUUAUCCCUCCUCUCUCCUUCCUCUACCUCCUCCUCUCUCCACCACAAUGCUUCCUUCCACCUUAACAUGCGCACCAGCUCGCUUGCCCUGCGCACAUCUACCAAGACUUUCUCAGUCAGAGCCCAAUCCGCUCCAGUCCUCACCCAAGACGAUCUCAAGAAACUCGCCGCUGACAAAGCCGUCGACAAUGUAAAAUCCGGCAUGGUUCUCGGCCUCGGAACUGGCUCCACUGCUUCUUUCGUCGUUGCCAAGAUUGGAGAACUUAUGAAAUCCGGUCAAUUGACCGAUAUUGUUGGUAUACCCACUUCAAAACGUACGGAAGAGCAAGCUCUAUCGCUUGGGAUUCCGCUCUCAGUCCUUGAUGAUCAUCCUCGUAUCGACCUUGCAAUUGACGGCGCAGAUGAGGUCGACCCAGAUCUUAAUUUAGUCAAAGGCCGAGGUGGGGCUCUUUUGAGAGAGAAAAUGGUGGAAGCAGCGUCCGAAAAGUUCGUUGUCGUCGCCGAUGAGACGAAACUAGUAACGGGUCUUGGUGGAAGCAAGCUUGCAAUGCCGGUAGAGGUGGUGCAAUUUUGUUGGAAAUACAAUCUGGUGAGAUUGAAAGAAUUGUUCAAUGAGGAAGGGGUUGAGGCUAAACUAAGAUUGAAUGAAGAUGGCAAGCCAUACGUGACUGACAACUCUAAUUACAUUGUGGAUUUGUAUUUUGAGAAUCCAAUUAAAGAUAGUUAUGCAGCUGGAAAGGAAAUUUCAGCUCUUGAAGGAGUAGUAGAACAUGGGUUGUUUUUGGAUAUGGCAACUGCAGUUAUUAUUGCUGGGAAGAGUGGAGUAGAGGUCAAGACCAAGUGACAAUUUUCAAGAAGGUAGUGACAACUGGAUUGUCUUAUCAUUUGCUGAUGUGCUAUUGUUGUUGUUAAUUACUUAUGCUUUUUGUGGUGAUUUUGAGCUCUUUUUGCCUGUUAGAUGAGCAUUAUCUGAAUGCUUGUUAGAUUUUUUUUUUUUGUUUAUGCUAUGACUUUGCUCAGUUAACAUAGCAAUGGAGAUGGUGAAAUAAUGGAAAAUGAAUUUCAUACUUAUAUAAUUCAUUUGCAACCACAUUAUUUUUAUACA